ACUGUUUUGUAGUCGUUCAAAUGCCCUUUAGCACGGAUGUUAUUUACCACACAAAGCAGAAAAGAAAAAGCAACAGCUAUGGGUUUGAAAAUAACAGCAGCUGGAUUUAUGGUCUUCAUUUUCUCUGUACCAGCGGUUCAGGGUAAGGAUGGCUGGGGAGUGACUUACUCUUCUACUGAGAUCUGUGCAGUAAAAGGAUCAACAGUGGAGAUAAGCUGCACCUACACAUACCCAUCCAGGAUAAAUAACGGUGAAACUACAGUAACAGAAACAUUAUGGUUCACUAAAGGGACUGACAUGGCCCCGGUGGAUCUGACAACACAUGCAGAGUAUGCAGGUCGUGUGCAGUAUCACUGUAUAAACAGCAUCUGCACUCUGAGCAUCACAGACCUGAGAGAGAGCGACUCAGCUGAGUACAGGUUCAUGAUCACAACAAACCAACCAAACGGAAGUUACACCGGUGAACCAGGAGUCACUUUGUCUGUCACAGCUCUCCAGGUGAGGGCACAGAAGUUCAAAGUCAGCGUGCACAGUGUCCAUGCAGAGCUGUUUUGCGACACAACAUGUCAACUACCUCAUCCUUCCUACUUCUGGUAUUUGACUGGACGGAGUUCGAUCAAUGGGCAAACAAAGGAGGGAAUAUCUUACGUGAAUAACUUUGCUUACAAAGACAGUUUUGCCUGUGCUGUAAGAGGACUGGAAAGUUUUGCAUCUCUUCCCGUGUGUGUCCACAAUAAUUACUGCAACAUAGUGUCCUACACCAAGAGAAGCAUAUGUGCCUUCAAAGGUUCGUCAGUUGACAUUUCUUGCAGCUACUUUGGAAAUGAAGCAGGUUUAUACGUCGCGUCCAAAUUCUGGUUCAAUCCUGGACGUAGCCAUCAGUGGAGGAAUCCCUCAGAGCCAGAGGAGCUGAGUCAAGACUCUCAGUAUGCAGGUCGUGUUCAGUUCAGGACGUCGGGGGCAGUUGCAACGGAGAGAGGACUCGCCACUCUGAGCAUCAGCAACCUGAGAGAGAGCGACUCGGCCGAGUACCGCUUCAAAUUCAGAGCGCAGCGCUUUGAAUGGAGGAGUGAUUUACCUGGUACCACUCUGACUGUCACAGCUCUGCAGAUCGAGGUGAGUAAAGUGUCAGUGCAUCCUUCCUUUAACGAGGCAGAGCUGAAGUGUCUCAGCAGCUGCAGUCCAGCCGGCCGGCUCUCCUUCGUCUGGUUCAGGAACGGAGAGAUCGUCAGAGGAGAAACCUUUUCUUACAGAAGCCAGAUUCAUCCUGGAGACCUCAUCUCCUGUGCUUUCAAAGGAUACGAGAGUCACCGCUCUCCCGCAGUCUAUGCUCCAAAGCUCCCCUCUGUGUCAGUGAGUCCCUCUGCUGAGAUAGAGGAGGGCAGUUCAGUGACUCUGACCUGUAGCAGUGAUGCUAACCCAGCAGCUAACUACACCUGGUACAAGGAGGGUGGAAGUCCAGACAUUAAACCUGUUAUUGAAGGACCACAGCUUGUCUUCAGCUCCAUCCAGUCCUCUGACUCUGGACAGUAUUACUGUUCAGCUGAGAACAAACUGGGGAAGAGGAAAUCCAAAAAUAUCUUUAUUAAUGUGAAAUAUGCUCCAAAGCUCCCCUCUGUGUCAGUGAGUCCCUCUGCUGAGAUAGAGGAGGGCAGUUCAGUGACUCUGACCUGUAGCAGUGAUGCUAACCCAGCAGCUAACUACACCUGGUACAAGGAGAAUGAAGACUCUCCAAAAGCUUCAGGACAGAUCUUCACCAUCACUGACUUCAGAGCUGAACACAGUGGGAAUUAUUCCUGUGAAGCCCAGAACAAGUUAGGACGUCAAUUUGCCACCAUCUGUCUGACUCUGGCCCCAGGUAAACCUAUAAUAAUAAUAUCUAUUAUUGUAGUCAUAAUUGUGACGCUGCUGGCUCUGAUCCUGAUAGCUGUUCUGCUUCUGUGUUGUUGCAGGAGGAAGAAGAACACUCUGGACUCCCCCAAUGAAGCGAAUAACCCUGUGCACAGUGUGAAGAUGGACUCUGAGUACCAACAUGUCUCAGGUUCCACCCCAGCAGCACAGACUGAAGACUCAGAGCAACAGGAGCAGCUAAUGUGAAGCACCACAUUUCACUCCAGGCAGUGUUUAUUGCAAACAUUUCAAAGACAGCUCGCUAGAUGGCACACUUUUCAUGUUACAGUGGCUGAUACAGAGCUUCCCUAAUGACUUCUCGUAGUUUGAACAUCAUUUCAGUUCCCUCUCACUCCUGCAGGAAAGUUUCAGCUUAAUACAAACUGUUUCUCAACAGGUAAAUACAUCUGGCAAGCCGAGAGCACUAAGGGGAACAACACAGCUGUCACAGGUUAGAGAACAAAGAGCAGAAUAGGUGUUCGUAGAUGGAGAAAAGUCACUGUAUGACAGACGGUGCAUAUGCAAUGGAAGACUCAACAAUGUUUUACAGUGGUGUGGAGUUAGCUGAAUACUAAUCUUGCCAUGAGACUAAUAUUUGAAAGCUUUUAAGAUGUCCAUAAUUGUAAUUUGAUGCAGCAUAGGUCUGUUCUGCACUG